AUGGCUUUGCCGAAGAGGAUAGUUAAGGAAACGGAGAGGUUGAUGGCAGAACCUGUGCCCGGAAUCAGCGCUGUGCCCCACGAGGACAACCUGCGGUAUUUCGAUGUCGAGAUACACGGCCCAAGUCAAUCACCAUACGAAGGCGGCGUCUUCAAACUCGACCUCUUCCUCCCUGACGACUACCCGAUGACCCCGCCCAAGAUCCGCUUCGUGACCAAGAUCUACCACCCCAACGUAGACAAGCUUGGACGUAUAUGUCUGGAUGUGCUUAAGAAUAACUGGUCUCCAGCCCUCCAGAUCCGAACGAUCCUUCUUUCCAUUCAAGCCCUGCUCGGAGCGCCCAACCCAGACGACCCGCUCGCGCCAGAUGUCGCAAAGGCAUGGAAGGAGGACGAGCCGGCCGCUAUAAAGACGGCCCGAGACUGGACGCUACAGUAUGCCACCCCGAAAUGA